AUGGCCACUUCACCACCAGGCUCGCCCGCCAACGGUGUUACGCGGCCCAUGAGCGCCAUGUUGCGCUCCAAUCGCAGUUCCAGUCGUAUGAGUAUCAGCAGCAAGCCUGGUGAGAGCAAGGCGUCGGACGAAGACAGCAGGACCGCCGUCAAAGUUGCCGUCCGUGUGCGUCCUGCACUCCAGCAUGGAGAUCCUGGCUACGAACUCAUUCCUCAACGAUUUCGCAAUGCCCUGUGUCACGUCACUUCGCCCUCGAGCCUGACUGUAGACGCGGCUGGAGGCAAGAAAGUCUUCAUUUUUGACCGUGUCUUUGACCAGGACAUUAACCAGGAGGGUAUCUUUGAAUAUGUCGCAGACAGCGUCCACUCCUUCGUCCAGGGCUACAAUGUCUCCAUUCUUGCCUACGGCCAGUCUGGCGCUGGAAAGUCGUACACAAUGGGCACCACGGGCCCACGAGAUCAAGCCGAUCCCGAAGUUAUGGGUAUCAUCCCCCGCGCAGCCGCAUUGCUGUUCGACAAACUUGAUGGGUCCAACAAAAGCGCCGGCUCCGGCAUUCGCGCUCCAAGUCGCUUAUCUGGAAUUCAGAACUUCACUGCCAAGUCUUCAACAUCGCAGGCGAAUAGAAACUGGCAGCUGAGGGCCACGUAUGUAGAGAUUUACAAUGAGCAACUUCGCGACCUGCUACUACCCGAAAACGUAGCCCAAGGCGAGCGGCCUCAGGUAAACAUCCGAGAGGACCGUGAUGGUCGCAUUCUCCUCACUGGACUCACCCAAAUACCCGUAAACUCGAUCGAUGAUUUGCUUGGUGCCCUCAACUUCGGCUCCUCAAUCCGGCAGACUGACGCGACUGCCGUCAAUGCCAAAUCGUCGCGCUCCCAUGCCGUGUUUAGUUUGAACUUGGUACAGAAGAAAUCUUCGCCAACAACAACAUCAACCCGCGAGAAGCGCCGGUCCGUGCCCAUCGAAAUGAUGUCUGGCUCUAGCGAGAGCUGGGUAACUGUGGAUAGCAAGCUCCAUUUCGUCGAUCUGGCGGGAAGCGAGCGGCUGAAAAACACAGGCGCGCAGGGCGAGCGCGCCAAGGAAGGUAUUUCAAUCAACGCAGGUCUUGCAAGCUUGGGAAAAGUUAUUUCGCAGCUGUCGGCACGCUCUCACGGGGGCUAUGUUUCGUACCGCGACUCUAGGCUUACGCGCCUUCUGCAAGACUCGCUUGGCGGUAACGCUAUCACAUACAUGAUCGCCUGCGUCAACCCAGCUGAAUUCCACCUAAGCGAAACCCUGAACACGGUCCAAUACGCCCAGCGCGCCCGUGCUAUCCAAAGUAAACCCCAGAUUCAGCAGGUCCAUGACGACAGUGAUAAACAAGCCGCUAUCGACCGGUUGAGAGCCGAAGUUCAAUUUCUCCGAGACCAGAUACGACUAUCCGAGCGCGCGGAUAGAAAGAAGACCGGCCCCCAAGAGCGCGCUGAGCGGCAAGACGAGCGUGAAGCUGAGCUUCAGAAUCAGCUGCUGGAUAUUCAGGAAAACUACAACGCCCUAAGUGCGCGUCACGCUAAACUUAUCUCCGAGAUCACCAAAGCACGUGACAACAGCGAGACGGAAACGCCUAUGCUCAAGGAUGCUAUUGGUGAUUCUGCAGUAGAACGAUUGAAGAGAUCAAACUCUUUCGCCGAGGCGGUCGAAUCUGUUGUUCUCGAAUACGAAAAGACGAUUCAGACUCUGGAAUCCUCUCUCUCCAACACGCGAUCUACCUUGUCAACCCACGAAAGCGAUUUGCUGGAAAAGGAGACUCGCAUCGCCAUCCUCGAGAGCCAGAAUCAGCAUUUGCAGUCUCGUCUCCAAAAGGCAAUGGAGCGUGACGCCAACAACGAAGAGUACGUCCAGUCACUCGAACGCCAAAUCGACUCCUCAGUCAAUGGCAUUGAGAAGAACGACACCGUAAUAUCUGAACUGCGCGAAAAGCUGCAAAAGGCUCGUGAGAACGAGGCCAGCAGUGAAGAGUACAUCUCUACAUUGGAAGAGCGCCUCGCCGAAAACGAGCAAGAAACCGAGAUGAUGAGUCGUGAGAUUGAGCGACUCAAGCAUGUUGUCGAAAGACAACGUAGUGUUGCUAAACUAGACAACUUGCUCUAUGAGCUCGACAGGACGGACUCAAAAGCCGAAGAAAACCACGUCAAUGGUCACUCAAAGACUCCUAGUGAUCCCUUCAUCGACAAGCAUACCAACCUCGAGAGGCGAGUAACCACUGACAGCAUGCACCAAUUUGGUACGCCUAUCGAUGCCAUUCCCGAGGAGGCUGGCAGCGAACGUCCCCAGACCGCCAGUACCGCUGCUCACCAUGCUGAUGCCGAGGAGCAAAAACCCAAUUUUGCUGUCAAGGCCAUCUCCAAUGAUGGAAUCCGUGACGAUAGCGACGAUGGACCAUCCAGCCCUGCACAAGUCCGCUUCGUUCACGAUAAGCUUGACACAGUCACGCAAGAGUUGCUUGAUCUCCGUGUAGAACACGAAGGGACACUCCAAGACUACGAGAAGCUUGCCAGCAAGUACCAGGAGGCUUUGCGCACUUUGGCAGCUCUUCAAGACUCUGUCGAUGAGGCGCGUCACCACGUUGCGUCAUCUGCACCAUCUUCUCGACCGACAUCUUUUUUAUCAAACGCGGGGGUGAAUGGCCUCACAGCAGAGGAUGGACAACCUUCGUCCUCGCGUACCUUGUCUGCGGAAUUGUCCUUAGCGGAGUCUGGCAGUACCAGUAUUCCAGACGAGGAGACGGAAGUUGGCCAUGAUGAGGCUACUCCGAGACGAGCUUCAGUCGCCUCUCUGAGCCAAGAGCAACACAUUCCCGAGACUAUCCUUGUUCAGGAAUUGAAGGCCUUGAAGCUACUACAAAGUGAGAAGGAGGAGCGCAUUAGUGAGCUCGAGCAGACUUACUCUGAGCUACAAGAACAACACCAAGACACGCUCGACUACGUCGAAGAGCUCAAAUCAGAGAUCACCAAGGCUCAGCUGAACCGACCAGCUUCGCCAUCAAUGCACAUGAUUCGUCGAAAGUCGAGUCAAGCAGUCCUUGCAAACGACCGCGCCAACCGUGCUGUUUCCUCUCUUCGGAACCUUGUGCUGGACAGGCUGGACGAGGACGAAGACGCCAUACAGAACUUUGAGCUCAAUCUCAACACGAUCAUGUCCGAGAUUCAAGUACGCUCAGACAGAGUUCAAGAUCUGGAGUUUGAGGUUCAGUCCAUACGCAAGGAGAUGGAAGGUAAAAUGACUUUGAUCAGUGGUUUGACAAAGGAACGGUCUAGCUUGAAGGCUGGAUCUCCUCUUGACAUCUCUAUUGUUGCUUCAAUGCAGGAUCAGAUGAAGCAAAACGAGGACCACAUCCGAGAGUUGAAGGACUCGCACGCCCAGCGGGAGCAGGAGCUCAAAGCUCAAAUCGAGACACUCAAGUCUUCUUCUGUCAAGCUUGGCGCGUCAUCGGAGGACCUGCUCUCACACCGACAGAUGCCCGAUACCCCUCGGACAACCAACGGUGAUGGCGAGGCCGACGAAGAUGCCGCUCGCCACGAUGAACUCAUCAAGCUUAGUGAUGAAGCUGCUCACUGGCACUCCAAGCACCUUGAGGCUAUUGAAGCCACCAAGGCCUCGGAGAGGCAGCAUAUUGAGACUGUUCGUGAGCUGGAAUCUGCCAAGCAACGACUUGAAGUAAACCACGCUCUGCGCUUGUCUGAGAUCGAGCAGACAAGAGCUUUGAACAAUGCUGCUCGUCUUGCCGAGCUUGAGGAGUCACAUACCAACAUUGUCAGGCAAUUCGAGGAAGACUCACAAGCCCGUUCGCUCACUGAGAAAGAACUCGAGACUCAUCGAUCUCUCGUCACCAACCUGGAAAGACAGAUUGAGGAGCAUAAGGCAGCGAUCGAGUACCAUCAACAAGGCAUGGACUCUAUCCAGAAGACACACGCUGCUGAGCUCGAGAAGCUCACAUCAGAGCUUACGACUCACAAAGAGACAGCAUCUUCUCUAGAGGCUGAUCUCUCCAAGGCGAAGACCGAGAUGGAGACGCUACUUCAAGGUGUUUCGGCUGCCUUGGGCGAAGAAACAGACAUCAGCACCAUCCAGUCACAUAUCGAAGGGUUGGUCCAAGAGCGCAAGUCAAUUGCCAGUCGACUAGAUGAGGCUGUCAAAGACCUUGAAUCAGCAAGGAAGGAACUUGCAGAGGCUACCAGUACCAUCAACAAGCUCAAGAGCAACCUCAAAGAGUUUGAGCUUAUCAACGCCGAGACGCUGAAAGAACUUGAGAAGGUCAGUGAGAAAGAGCUCAAGAGUGCUCGUCUUGUACAAGAACUGGAGGACCAGCUCAACCAGAACUGGGACCAGCAUGAGGCUGCCAACAACCGACUCUCUGCUCUGCAAACUGAGCGCUCUCGCGAGCUUCAAGAUGCUAUGACCCACAGCGAGGAACUUGAAAAGGAAGUACAGGAAUCACGCAUCAAGAUUGCGCUCCUAGAGUCCCAACUUGUUGAUGCAAAGCGCAACUCUGCCCGUGUAUCUGUGGAUCCCCGCGAGGACCUCCAACGAUCCAACUCAAACAACUCCACUGCGCGCAAGAACGCUGCACACACUUCCUUGCCCUCACCCCCGCCAGCUAUUCCUCUUCCCCCUCUUCCUCCUGGCAGUCCACCACCCCAAACCAAUGCACCUUCUCCUCCUACCUCGCGUCACCAGAGCAAGGACAUUGCUCAUGCUCAGUUGGUCGAGGAUCAGGAAGCUCGUAUUCGCACCAUUGAGAAGCAUCUCUUUGCCGAGAAGCAGCUUACAGCUACCUUGGAGGAUGCUUUGACUGACCUCGAGGCCUCCAGCACAAAGACCAAGGCUGAUCUGGAUCAAUUCAGGAAGAAGUGCGCCACUCUAGAAGAAGAGCUCAAUGUUAUGCGCAAGGAGCGCAGCGCAGCACGCCACUCUCUUCAAGCUGUCGAGGAGGAGCGCAAUGCCCGUCUACGUGUUGAAGCUGAGCGUGCUCACCUGGAAGCACGCAUGGCAGCUCUCAACGACGCCCAAAAGAAGGGUAGGAAGAAGGGUACACUCAACUGCUUCUAA